UAUUCCUUUAGUUUUUACUUCUUUCUAUUUUACUUUUUUACUGUUAAGUUGAGUAGGUGUAUAAUAUUUGGAACAUGAGCAAAAGGAAGGCUCCAAGUGAUUUUACAAAUCCAAAUCAUGAUUUUUGUGAAUUUUUAACUGAAUUAGCUGAUUAUGAAAAAAAUGUUGCUCGUAAUAUAUAUAAGUGCAAUGCUUAUCGGAGAGCAGCAAGCACAUUAGCUAAGUACGGUAAACGUAUAAAGUCAGGCGAGGAAGCACAAAAACUUGAUGGAAUUGGUGAUAAAAUAUCCAAGAAAAUUGAUGAGUUUUUAGGAACAGGAAAAUUGAAAAAACUGGAUGAUAUAAGAACUAAUGAAGUUUCAGUUUCUAUAAAAGAAUUAACAAGAGUUAGUGGUAUUGGGCCAGCUAAAGCAAAAGAAUUAUAUGAUUUAGGUAUUACAAACAUUGACAUUCUGUUAAAACAUCAAGAUAAAUUAAAUCAUCAUCAAAUUUUAGGACUGAAAUAUUUAAAUGAUUUCGAGGAAAAAAUACCUAGAAAUGAAGUUAUUGAAGUAGAAAAAAUCAUCAAGAAAACAUUACAUAAUUUAGAUCCUAAAUACAAAGUUACUAUUUGUGGCAGUUACAGACGUGGUAAAGAAUUUAGUGGAGAUAUUGAUACUUUAAUUUCUCAUCCAUCGUUUAUGUCUCAUGAUGUUAAGAAAAAAAGUAACAAAUUGCAAGUGGUUGUAGAUAUUCUAAAAAAAAAUAAUCUCAUCACUGAAACUAUAUCGUUAGGGGAUGCAAAGUUCAUGGGUGUAUGUAAAGUGAAUCAUGUAUCAAGAAGAUUAGACAUUCGGCUAAAUCCAUAUGAUCAGUUUUACUGUGCUGUUCUUUAUUUUACUGGAAGUGAUUUGUUUAAUAAGCAAAUGAGAGAUCAUGCGUUGCAUCAAGGUUUUACACUUAAUGAAUAUACUUUGCGACCAAUUGGUUCUACAGGUAUACCAGGUGAACCUGUAGAGAUAAACAGUGAAGAAGAUAUUUUUGAUUAUUUAAAUUAUCCUUAUAAAAAACCUGAGGAGCGCAAUAUAUAGUUUUACUUAAUAUAAUACAGUGUAAUAAACUUUAUUAAUUAUUGUAUUAUUUAUUUAAUGUUUU